UUCAGCUUUGCAAAUAUGGUUAACUACGGCGCGAUGCUGCUGUUGGCCGUUGUAUCUCUGAUAGCUGGCCAGGCCAUGGGUGGACCAAUGGGAUGGUCUCCUUCUGCAUACUACACUCCUCCGGCGUCCUACUACACCACUGCGGCGCCUUACUACACAACGACGUACGCUGCGCCCAGCUACUACACCGAAUCUCCCCAGUACUACGCGACUGAAUCGCGGGAAUACUACACUACAGCAUCUUACUACACAACUACGUAUGCCGCUUCGACGUACUACACAACGACAUACGCUACACUGAGCUACUAUACUGAAACUCCCCCUGCAUAUAAUGCUGCCCCCAGCUACAUCACCACUACUGCUGCCUACUACACGACAACACAAGCAGCCAAAUAUUAUGUAGCUCCAACUUACUACUCUGAAGCUGCCCCAUCUUACUACGCUGAGCCGACAUACUACGCUGAAGCCCCAAAGUCCUACGCUGCCCCAAGUUACUACAUCACGUCUGCUCCUUCGUACUACGUGGAACCUACCUACCACACCACAACUUAUGCUGCCCCGUCUUACUACACCACAAAGGCUGCUGAAUACUACACUGCUACGUACGCUGCCCCAGCUCACUACGCUGAGGCCCCUGUGUAUUACAAGGCAGAAGGUCCGCAAUACUACACUAUAAAGGCUCCCGAGUACACAACAACGUAUGCUUCGCCAAGUUACUAUAACGAGCCUCCCAAGUACUAUACCACUACUAAUGCUGCUCCAGUUUACUACAUCGCAGCUCCUCAAUACUACUCCAAGAAGGCCGCUGAAUACUCCACCAUAAAGGCCGCUGAAUACUCCACCACAAAGGCCGCUGAAUACUACACCACAAAGGCCGCUGAAUACUCCACCACAAAGGCCGCUGAAUACUCCACCACAAAGGCCACUGAAUACUACACCACAACGGCCACUGAAUACUACACCAUAAAGGCCGCUGGAUACUACACUACUGCAGCUCCAGAGUAUUACACCAAGAAAGCUGAGUAUUACACAACCACUUACGCAGCUCCAGCUUACUACACUGAGGCUCCACAAUACUAUACAACAAAGGCUCCCGAGUACUACAGCACAACGUAUGCUGCACCAAGUUAUUUCACUGAAGCUCCAACAUACUACACAACAACCUAUGCCACUCCUAGCUACUACACGAAGCCACCAAAGUACUAUUCAGUUCCAAGCUACUAUCAAACUGAAGCCCUCCAGUAUUACACAACAAAAGCGCCAGAGUACUAACUACCACAUCCGCCG